GCGGUGCUGGAGGCGGAAGCGGCCGGCUGUCUGCGCCCGGCGCGCAUCUGCUGCCCUCGGAUCUGCUCGUCCCGAGGGCCAGCUAUUUACGGGGCUGGAAAAUUGACCGAGGUCAGCCCCGAAUUGGAGCUCAACUUUAAGAAGAGAGACACCCCAGCAAGACUGGGGAGUCUCCCAACUCCUCACCUCCAUGGGCCAGUCGGCCCUGGCAGGGGGCAGCAGCAGCACCCCUACCCCACAGACCCUGUACCCUGACCUCUCUUGUCCCGAGGGCUUGGAGGAGCUGCUGUCUGCGCCCGCUCCUGACCUGGGGGCCCAACGGCGCCACGGCUGGAACCCCAAGGACUGCUCAGAGAACAUCGAGGUCAAGGAAGGGGGAUUGUGCUUUGAGCGGCGGCCCGUGGCCCAGAGCACUGAUGGGGCCCGGGGUAAGCGAGGCUACUCGAGGGGCCUGCACGCUUGGGAGAUCAGCUGGCCCCCGGAGCAGAGGGGCACCCAUGCCGUGGUGGGCGUGGCCACGGCCUUCGCCCCGCUGCAGGCUGACCACUAUGCGGCGCUGCUGGGCAGCAACAGCGAGUCGUGGGGCUGGGACCUUGGGCGCGGAAAGCUGUACCAUCAGAGCAAGGGGCCAGGGGCCCCCCAGUAUCCAGCCGGCCCUCAGGGUGAACAGUUGGAGGUGCCAGAGAGGCUACUUGUGGUUCUGGACAUGGAGGAGGGAACUCUGGGCUACGCUAUUGGGGGCACCUACUUGGGGCCAGCCUUCCGCGGACUGAAGGGCAGGACCCUCUAUCCGGCAGUAAGCGCUGUCUGGGGCCAGUGCCAGGUUCGCAUCCGCUACCUGGGCGAAAAGAGAGCGGAACCACACUCCCUGCUCCACCUGAGCCGCCUGUGUGUACGCCACUCCCUGGGGGAUACCCGUCUUGGCCAGGUAUCUGCUCUGCCCCUACCCCCUGCCAUGAAGCGCUACCUGCUCUACCAGUGACCCCUGUGCUACCAGACAGUGCAGGGAGGCCUUGCCACCACCCACCCUGUGGAGGAUGGGAAGCCGGGCAUUGCUGGCCUAGACCAGCUACUUAAAACCAGUGAGGCUGGGGGAAGGUGAGGCUGGGCCCCUACCCCAACAUUCCCAACGUUCUGGGGAGCUCAACCAUCCCAGAGGCACCCAGAGGGGGUGGAAGGGAGGGAGCUGUUAUUCAAGGCUGUGGCAGCCUGGUACACAAGACUUUUUUUGAGUAAAAAUAGUAAGAGAUAUGUUGUUAUAGAAACCUGUUCAUGGUAUUAUUUUUUUUACACAAGGGAUAAGGUCCUGUGGCUGCCUCAAAAAGCAAAAAGAGAGGAAAUUGUAUGGACAAGUAUAGCAAAGAAGGACAAACCACAAGGCUUAGUGCCAGAUGUUUAUUUCCCCCACAUGUGGGACAGCGAUACACACAACACACACAGGCGUUGGAAUCAUGGGAGAGGGUAGCACCCCUGGCCUCUGAGGGGAGGACAGGGGUCUCUCUCAGACCCUGGCUUCACAGUGUAAGAGGGGAAGAGAAGUAAGAUUUCUCUCUCCUGCCUUCACUGGGGACUGAGGGGACCCAUGGGCAAGCUCCACACCUUCCAUCUCUCAGCCAAUGAGAAGCCACCUUGGUGACAUGUUUAUUUCCAACCAUGACAGUAAGUGGAGAAGUGAUUGGCCUGGUCCCAGCCAUUACAGGGGAAGGUGUAAACAGUAAAGGAAGGUACACUUUGGAUUAGGCCAUGAGACGGGGCAGGUGACACUAUCAAAAGCAUGUAGGGGGAGGGGGUUGUUGGGCUUCUGGGCUGCCUAGUCCCUGGCUCAGCGGGAAGGGGUAGGGGAGAUGGAUGGGGUUUAUUGUUUGGCAUUGAUGAUGUCCACGAAUUCCGGCUUGAGGGACGCACCACCCACCAGGAAGCCAUCCACAUCAGGCUGGCUUGCCAGCUCCUUGCAGGUGGCCCCGGUCACAGAACCUGGGAAGGAGUGAGAGGGACGGAUCAAGAGAGAGAUGGACACACCCCAUCCCCACUCCAUGUCUGAGGGCUCCAUCUAGUUGUCAGCCCGCCCCACCUCAGGCUGGGGUCAAAUCCACUUACCUCCAUAAAUAAUGCGAGUGCUUUGAGCCACCGCAUCAGAGACAUUAGACUUGAGCCAUCCCCGGAGUUUUUCAUGCACUUCCUGGGCCUAGAACAAGAGCCAGACUAAGUAAAGCCCUUUCUACUUCCCAUUCAAAGGGGAAAAACAUUGGGCACCAGUGGAGAGAGGAAGUGUGAUCUCUGAACACCAGGGCUUUAAUCUCAGCCAGGCCCUGGAAUGGGUGACCUUGGACCAGUCACUCUUCCGCUUUGGACUUGAGGGUUCCUCAUCUUUAACACAAGGGGUACAUAGAUCAACAGGUAGGACUGGAUGAUGGCAGGGCUCCUGGGCUAGGUCACCUGUUGGGGUGUUGCAGUCUUGCCAGUACCAAUGGCCCACACAGGCUCAUAGGCCAAGACAACCUUGCUCCAGUCGGUCACAUUAUCUGCAGGACAAAGAUCACAGAUGGAGGGUGGGUGAAUGCGAAGGAGCUAUCCAGCCACCCUCUCCAGGGUAUGAAAAAUGAUGGUGGCCCACUGCUGCCACCUGGUGGCUAUUACAGGAACCCCAGGUGGCAACUGUACUGUCGGGGAGGGGCAGAAGUCAGGGAGGAUGCAAGACUCUCACCCUCCCCCUUCCUUUCCUGGAUCAGCAUGGGGAUCAAAGUCAGGCUGCAGAGCAUCUGACUCCACCCUCUGCAGCCCACGCUAGGCUCAAAGGUCCCUUCUCCAGAGAUACCUGCGAUGACCUUGGUUUGUUCAAAAACGACCUUCUCCGUGAUGCCAGCUUCCCUCUCAUCUAGCUUCUCCCCAAUGCAGGCGAUUACUCCGAGGCCCUCUGCCAGGGCAUGGGCCACUUUCUGCCCAAUCAGCUGUAGGAGAACAGGCUUGGUGACACAGCCCUCUUGGAAUAAGGCAGCCCGUAUUUCCACUCCUGGUUACUAACCUCAUCUGACUCUCCAAAGAUAUGCCUUCUCUCUGAGUGCCCCAGGACUACCCAGGUGGCUCCACAGUCUUUGAUCAUCCCAGGGCUAAAGGAAGAGAGGAAGCUAUGGCUCAGGAGGGAGCCCACCCUGUGGCUUUCCCCUCAAAUGAAGAAAGUGAGGGCAGGGUCCCCACACACCUCUCUCCUGCUUGCAUCUCACCUGAUCUCCCCCGUAAAGGCCCCAUUAGUCACUUUGUAGCAGUUCUGCGCAGCCACAGCAAUCUUGGGAUCUAGCUUCUGCCGGGCAAAGUCAAUGUAGGCAGUAGGGGGUGCACAGACUACCUCUGUGGAUGAGAUGGAGGCACAUGGGGAUGAGAUCACCAAAAACCUGCAUUCUCCAGACUUCCCAUCCAGUGCUCCAAAGCACUCAGCCUUCAUUCUCUUCCUUAGUUCUGCUUUCCCCCUUUUUCACCCCAGCAAGAUGACCUCUGUCCACUCCCCAGCCUAGGCUGGACCUGCACCCAGCUCCUAAAGCCUUCCGGGUGCCCCUGAAAGGCCAUGACCCUAGCCCUGCCCUUUGCUCCUUUAAUAGCUGUGGCUCCGGUUUCCCUGGGACUAUUCUGGGCAUGGGCACCUCCCGGACUCAGCAUUCUCUGGGGGCCAACUCCGCCUUUCUUCUAAAAUAGCCCAUCCCCACCUCCCCCAGCAAGGCAAGGAUUUUUAGCGAAGGAGAAGGGGCCAAUUCCUGGGGUUCGUAUUGGGGGUCUUUAGAAAAUACACCAGAAGGGAAUACCGCUUUUGAUCAGGCACGUGGUUCUGUGAUUUAGGGGGGUGGCAGGCAGCUGACUAGCUCAUAAAGGCCUUGCGCUUUUCCCUUUCCACGUUGGGGAAUGCCGCAGGAUCGCUCCUCACUCCCAAAUGUCUCAGUCUGUUUGGCACCUGCUCAGCUCUGCCGUGGAAGGCAGGAGCAGCUCAGGCUGCCGAAGUGAAAGGAUCGGAACGGGUGGCUCCGGAACCCAAAGCAGCUUGGCGGCGGGAAGGCCGGCGCGCCCAGCCAGGCGUGGGGAGGAGUCUUGGGCUACGUGCGGCCGCGCACGGAGCCGGAGCCCAGAGGCAGGUAGCCGGGAGCCCGCACGCACGCUCGGCCUCCUCACCCGUACAGGUCGCCAGCCUCUGCCGGUCGCCCUCGGGGGCUCGGGCUACGCUUCUACCCCACGCUCCUGGCUGGUGCAGCCCUAGUCGGCGCCCUGGGGCCAUCUUCCUCCCGGUGACCUAAAUCCUUUCCCGCCCCAGAGUCUGAGGGCACCAUUAAAUGGAGCCCCGCCUUUCCCCUUCGACACACCCCCGCGAAUGCUGCUGCGAGGCCACCACGAUGUAGGAUCGAUGCCCUGACACUCAACGGCCCUUAUACCCCGGCCGGGCAUCCAGGUCCGCUCGGACACCCGUCUCAGGGAGCUCGAGCGAGGGCAGUGCCACGCCCGUCCCCCCUUCCCGGCCCCGGCCUCUCCCUGGUGAGGGCCUACCAGUAUCGGCCGGCACCUUGGCCGCGUUCAGAGUGGUGAUGAGUUCCCCCAGGCCCUUCUUCCGCCCGUUCAUCUUCCAGUUCCCCCCCACGAAGAACUUCCUGGAGGGCGCCAUUGCGCUAGAGUCGAGACACUGAAGGUCAGUACCACGGCGCAGCCGCUGCCACUGCCCGCUUAUAUAGAGCGCGGUGAGGCAGAACCCCGCCUUCUCCUCGUCCUCAGCCAUAGUUAGCCCGGCCCCCUGCCUGGAAGUCCUUCCCCCUGGCCCCUCCUGCCGCCUGCAAGCCCCCGCCCGCCUGCGGGCCGCCCGCUGUUGCAAGGUUCUGACGUUCCCCCUUUCUUGUAGCAACGUUCUAGGAGCGUUGGGGACUUGGUAGCUUUAGUAGCCUCAAUUGCCUGGCAAUAAAGGAAAGGCAAGAACUGUGAGCCCCUGCGCUCAGGGGCACCCAGACCUCAUGACUACAGCUCCCCAGAGGGCCAGAGAAGGCUCUAAAUGGAGCUGGCUGGCAGGCCAGACCAUUCCCACCGCUUAGCCUUAAGCCAAAUUGCUCUCUAGGGCUGAGCUCUGAGGGGCAUGGCUCCAGCUCAGGGAAAGAGUACCCCUUCCCAUAUCAAAGCUACGUCCCUGGCUGAAGAGUAGGCACCCUUGACCUGCCCAGGGAGAUGUGUAGCCCCACAGUUGCUGGGCAAAUAAGGUUCAGAGGUGGAAGGACAGCCCACAUUAGUCACUCUGCAGCCCAGAGAGGCAGAUCAGAAACCUGCAGCCCCUUCUCCGGGAUAUCCCACUCUUUACUCCAGCUGGUCAAGGCCUCACAAGACACUGAAGGGCCGAGAGCCCAGACUGAGUGCCCCCCAGCCACUAGGGACAUUUGGGAAAUAUCCACUCAGCCCCUCCUAUGACUGCUAGGAGGAAGAAGGGCUCUUCACCCCCACCUUUCCUUGCUCUGUGCUCUGUAUUUAGGUCACUCCACUUUCUUGAUCUGACAGGCCCAACUAGUGGUCAGCUCCUUUCUGCUCCUGCCUCCACCGCUUUUCUGCUCCAGGGACCACCCCUGAUCUGUCCCCCUUUCACACCCAAUUUUCCAAGAGCUCUAGGACUAGUGAAAAUUAAAGAGAAAAUUGCCUAUGGAGGAGACAGAGGAAGGGCAAAGGGGCUGGGAGCUUUCUGAAACUGGCCCUCCCACUAGUUCCAGGGAACAGAAGUCCUUCCCAAGGUAUCAAACAGGACACAAGUUAGCCAUUGUAUUUUUAUUCACAUCGUGUAUUUUGGCAUUUUCAGAAAGGACGAGGAAAAGACUGAGGCAGGAGGGUGAAGGGAGGUCCCCAUUUCCCUCAUACCCCUCCUUGCCCAACCACACAUAGAGCAAACACAACGGGGGAGGGGAGGCACAGAUGCUCCCUCCCCUGGAAGAGGAUGCACAAAGCUACACCCACGCACACACACAAAUAAGACCCCCCCCUCUGACACACACA